AUGGAAGACAAGAUAGAGAUUGCAGACAAGAAGGUGCUGGUUGAUAUUGUAAAAUUGGUACAAAAAAGAGGCUUGAGGGGUAAACUGGGAGGCUGGAAAGAAUUCUUGAACAGUCAUGACAGAAAGUCUGGGGCAAGAUUGAGUGAUCCAUCAAAGAGACCCCAUGAGAUAUUAGCUGCAUUUCUAAAUACAUUUUCGAAGGAGGAAGAUUUAAAGUUUUUUGAUAACGUCAUGCGUCAUCAUACAAAUCAAUACAUUUUGGAGCGACUGAAAAAUAAAUCUCGUGAUUCCCCUGAGCAGAUAUUAGUCCAAGUAACUCUGCAGCAUCCAUUAUAUCCGUUGGACUAUUCAUUUCCAUCUAUUGAUGAGGGGUGGAUAGUUGUAAACGUUAAAAACAAACCCAAGGUGAUGAAAUCUACUGCAAUGGUAGCUGUUGACUGUGAAAUGGUUCUUUGUAAAGAUGGGACUGAAGCAGUAGUUAAAGUUAGUGUGGUAGACCAUAACUUGGAGGUCAAACUGAAUGAAUUUGUAAAACCUGACAGAGAAAUUGUAGACUAUAGAACAACGAUCACUGGUGUCUCUUCUCAAGAUCUAGAGGCAGUGACUAGCUCCUUGGCUGAUAUACAGAAAUCCAUGAAGAAGUUGUUAUCAAAUGGAGCCAUAUUAGUUGGACACAGUUUGCAUAAUGAUCUACGUGUGCUGAAGCUUGAUCAUGUCAGAGUGAUCGACACUUCAUAUAUCUUCCAAUCCUCGGAUGGAUCUAUGCACAGGAGACCUUCUUUGAAUAGUUUAUGUCAGGCUGUUUUGGGCUAUGAAGUUCGGAAAAAAGGUGCUCCACAUAGUUGUCUAGAUGAUGCACGUGCAGCUAUGAACCUUGUUCUUGCGAAGAUCAAACAUGGUGUUGAUAAGGAAUUUCCAAUUUCAUUGGUUCAAGAUCAUGUUCCAGAAACUGAGAUGGCAAAACUUUUUCUUCACAAGAUACCAAACACUGUAAACAUAGAAUCACUGCAUAAAAUUAUUCCUGGAGAAUUCGAAACAGAACUGCAGCCUUCUAAAAAGGGUCAAGGAAGACAUUACUCUGCCUUAGCUGUUUUUAAAAAUCCACAAGAGGCGGAUGAUGCCUAUGAAAAUGUCCAAGGAAGUCAAUUGAAGGAUACAUAUGGACGUCCACAGAAACUAGUAAAAUUAGGCACGUCUGACACUCUAUUUGUUCGGAAAAUGGUAAGCGAAGAACCUAAUGGCCGGACUCCAUCUAAUAAGAGGGCUUUAGAAACGGCUGAGGCAGUUGAUGUUUCCAAGAAAGCAAAGAUAGAUAAAAAAUUGAAGAGGAUGGCCCAACAUGCCUAG